AUGCUCGACUUGUUUAGCAUCUUCAGUAAAGGAGGCAUCGUGCUGUGGUGUUUCCAAAGUACCAGCGAAAUAUUUUCACCGUCUGUGAAUGCUCUCAUUCGUAGUGUAAUAUUGCAGGAACGCUCUGGGAAUAACACGUUUAACCAUAACUCUUUAACACUCCAAUACAAGCUCGAUAAUGAGUUUGAACUUGUGUUUGUGGUUGCAUAUCAGCGCAUACUACAAUUAUCUUAUGUAGAUAAGUUUUUAAAUGAUGUGCACUUGGAGUUUAGGGACAAGUACAAAAAUGAUCUGCAGACAGGGCGCUACAACAUGGACUUUGAGUUCAAAAUGUGUUUUGACAGGGUUCUGAAGGAAUGUGAGCAUUGGGCAAAGUCACAAGCUAAGAUUCCAAAACAAAUGAGAUCCUUUGAGGAUUCUCAGAAAUCUAAGAAAACUGUAGCUUCUAUGAUAGAGAGGAAAGGGGAAGAAAAGAAUAAGAAAUCUGUAAAAAUAGUUGAAACUAAGAAUCUGACCAAUGGGAAACUUGAAGAGUCACCAGAGCCAGAAGAUGAUGUGAUAUUAGCUAACAGAGCAAAGCUAGCUCAGAAAUUAGCCACUAAGAACAAAAAGGAACCCAAAAAGUCUCCCAAGAGUCCAAAGACUGUGGACCGUGUUAAGAAACCCCGUGUUUGGGAACUUGGUGGUGGUAAUCGAGACCUGCCAUCUUUGGACUUCAGUACUGACAAAGAUGAGGCGGUCAAUGAAAUUGCUCCUGACACAGAGCUCUUGGGUAAAAUGGCAGGAGCUAUCAAAGACUUAGAGGUUGAAUCGGACUACAGUAGUAGCGAUGAAGAAGUUGAGCAAACCUCACAGGCAAGCCCUAAGAAGUCUGGUGGCAUGUUCAGCCUAUUCAAAGGUUUAGUUGGAUCCAAGGCGCUUAGUGAGGAGACCAUGCGGCCAGUGCUAGAUAAACUGAGGGACCAUCUCAUUGGGAAGAAUGUUGCCGCAGACAUUGCCAACAAACUGUGUGACUCAGUGGCCACCAAGCUAGAGGGCAAGGUGCUUGGAACCUUCGAGAGUGUUGCUAAAACUGUACGCAGCACGCUCACCGAGUCGCUGGUUCAAAUCCUUUCUCCGAAGCGUCGUGUUGACAUCCUUCGUGAUUGUAUGCACGCCAAACAACAAGGGCGGCCCUACGUCAUGACAUUCUGUGGGGUGAACGGCGUCGGCAAGUCGACCAACCUGGCGAAGGUGUGCUUCUGGCUGCUGGAGAACGAUCUGUCCGUGCUGAUAGCGGCCUGCGACACCUUCAGGGCCGGUGCGGUGGAGCAGUUGCGCACGCACAUGCGGAGGCUGGACGCGCUCCAUCCGCCUUCAGUGCACGGCCGUCGGAUGGUCCAGCUGUACGAAAAGGGAUACGGCAAGGACGCGGCGGGCAUAGCGAUGGAGGCGAUCCGGCACGCGGCAGACUCGAAGAUCGACGUGGUGCUGGUGGACACGGCCGGCCGGAUGCAGGACAACGAGCCGCUGAUGCGCGCCCUGGCCAAGCUGAUCACCGUCAACUCGCCCGACCUGGUGCUGUUCGUGGGCGAGGCGCUGGUCGGCAACGAGGCGGUCGACCAGCUCGUCAAGUUCAACCAGGCGCUCGCCGAUCACAGCGCAGCCAGCGAGCCGCACGUGAUCGACGGAAUCGUGCUCACCAAGUUCGACACGAUCGACGACAAGGUGGGAGCGGCGAUCUCGAUGACGUACAUCACCGGGCAGCCGAUCGUGUUCGUCGGCACCGGCCAGACCUACACGGACCUGAAGGCGCUGAACCCGGAGGCGGUGGUGAGGGCGCUGAUGAAG